UGCUGUGCUGAACUGACCUCCCUCCUGAUGAUCUGCAGUCUCUGCCGGCCCGUCUCGUUCUGACUCAAUACCUCUGACCUGAACACCUCAGCACCUACAACCUGAACACCUCCCUCUGACCUCUGACCUCACUGACUCUCACAGCAACAUGGAUCUGAAACUUUUUGAAUGUGACAUCUGCAGGAUCCCCGACACUUAAACGCUCUGGGCCGACCCCCUCUCCGUCGCCUCCUCCUUCAGUCCAACUCUGGCUGGUCAGGAAAGUCUCCUCGUAGCCGUCACUUCCUGUCCCGUCCUCCUCUGGACCGACGGCGUCCACCAUGUCGGACGGGCUGCUGCAGGUGGAGAUCCCGGACUUUGGCAGCAGCGUGCUGGGUAGCCUGAACGAGCAGCGGCUGCUGGGUCACUACUGCGACGUGUCCAUCCUGGUGCAGGGUCAGGCCUUUAAGGCGCACCGGGCCGUUCUCGCCGCCUCCUCGCUCUACUUCAGAGACCUGUUCAGCUCUGCAGCCGACUCCUCCUCCUCCUCCUCCCAGGCGGUGUUUGAGCUGCCGUCCUCGGUGACGCCAACAUGUUUCCAGCAGAUUCUGUCCUUCUGCUACACGGGGCGCCUCAGCAUGGCCUCCAGCGAGCAGCUUGUGCUCAUGUACACCGCCGGAUACCUGCAAAUCCAGAACAUCGUGGAGCGAGGCAUGGAGCUGAUGAUGAUGAAGACCUCCUCCUCCUCCUCGCCUCUCUGCUGUGACUCACAGACGACUUCAGCAGAUGAGCUCGGAGGCUUUGACGCCCCGAUGGUCCAGCAGCAGCACAGCGCCCCCCAGCUGCAGCAGGCCAGUCCAGACCAGCCGUCCCUGAGCCCCGAAGAGCUGCUGCUGGCCGUCAGCAGGAUCAAACAGGAGAGAGCAGACACUCCUCCAGCUGAGGAGAACAUAGGAGGAGCAGCAGGAGGAGGAGGAGAGGAGACCAG